AAUUACUCAAACUUCCUGAAGAAAGACCAAACAGUGAGGAUACAGCUGCUGAUGACUGAACAUGGCACCAAUGAGCUACACUGGUUGGCAGCUGUUGUUUUUCAUCUUGUUGCAGUUUUGCUUGAGCCAAGAGGAAAACAUGGAGGUGAGCAAGGGAUAUGCUAGAGCCAACGCCGAAGUAGUGCAGAGUCGGCAGCAGAUUGGUGAUAAUGGUUCCACAAGGGCGGUUAAAAGAGGGCAGAGUGAGACUUUUAAUGGAACAGAUGGCAUCGAUACUUCUUCAAGUGAAACAGAGGGAGAACCAGGGAAAGUUACACAGAUACUAGAACAGCCAACGGGAAACAGAGACCAGGAAUCAUAUGCUCGACCACACCUACCAGACUGCACACAGUGCUGCAGGGGGGAUUUUGGACAGCGUGAAUAUCAUGGUCCUCCUGGCCCUCCUGGUCCUAUUGGACUACCAGGAAACUAUGGAAACAAUGGGAAUAAUGGAGUACCUGGCCGAGAUGGGUUGAAAGGUGAAACGGGAGACAAAGGCGAGAUGGGACCCCGUGGAGAGCGUGGAGUUCAAGGGCUAAAAGGAGAGAAAGGAUCACAUGGAAUUCCAUCCGAGCUUCAGAUUGCAUUUAUGGCAUCCUUGGCCACUCACUUUACCAAUGAAAACAGCGGAAUCAUUUUUAGCAGUGUGGAAACUAAUAUUGGAAACUUUUUUGAUGUUAUGACUGGAAGAUUCCAUGCACCUGUAACAGGUGCUUAUUUUUUCACCUUCAGUAUGAUGAAGCAUGAAGAUGUUGAUCAAGUACAUGUUUACUUAAUGCACAAUGGGAACACAGUUAUCACAAUAUACAGCUACGAGGCCAAAGGCAAACAUGACACGGCAGGAAACAGUGCUGUGCUGAAGCUAGUGAAGGACGACGAGGUUUGGGUGAGAAUGGGAACAGGGGCGCUUCAUGGAGACCACCAGCGCUUCUGUACCUUCUCUGGCUUCCUGCUCUUUGAGAACUAACCAUAGAGCAAACUGACCAUGCAGUUAGUGUUGUGUGCUGAAGAGCAUUAUAGCCUAUUGACCCAGAGGACCAUACUUACAAAAACCUGUUUUACAAGAGAAAUUUUAAGACAUAACUUUAAACAGUAAUACAAUGUUAGUACAUGUAUUUUUUUACUGUGUGUCGGUUAUACCAUUACAUCUUUUUCAAGGUCUUGAGUUUAUUUAAUUUUUUUUAAUAUAAGUCUUGCAAGGUUCUAAAAUUCACCUGUAAGCCCUUAAAUUCCUUCUCCCCUUCACCGCCAUGCAACGGGCAGCGGUUUCAUGUUCCUUGUGGGUGCUGGGUCAGUUCCACUUUUCCAUCCUUUUAUUCCCAAGACCCCUAUUUGUUGGCAUGGGGCUGCAGGUGGUGGUGGCCCUAAGGAUCCAAAGGUUUUGGAACUGGUGCCAAAGUUACUUUGCUUCUAUCAAUUGUCUUUCAGUUGGGUUUGUUUGCAACUUAUUUGGCUUCCAAUUCAAUUUAAUUCUCAACCUGGUUUAAUUGGCAAGCAUACAGCUUAUAAUUGUUGUCACAUGCUCUAUUUGUGUUUCAUUUUCAGAUUCAUUAAAGCUUUUAAUCCUAA